GCGUUUCUAGUGUAUUGGUUUUUUCGUUCCGUGCUUCGAACGAAUUAAGCCCCGUUGGCCUAACCAAACUUUUCUGUUUGUUGUUUGAUCAUUUGCAUGCACGAAGGCACAGUUUAAUUUCUGCUGAAAAUGUCGGAUUCGGAGGUGAGCAAUUUGUCCGACAAUGAAAGCGAUCGAGGAGGUGGAGGCAGCGAGAGCGAUCAGGAGGAGAAUCGCUCCGUAAAAUCUGCAGCUGGCAGCGAUGCUGGCAGCGUUGGCGAAAGAUCUCGCAGCGUUUCCCGUAGUAGAAGUCCGUCUAGAUCUAGAUCCAGGAGUCCGUCUAGAUCACGAUCACGUUCUAGAUCACCUUCUGGCUCUGAGGAUGGCAGAGGGGACGAGGCAGAGGAAGCAAGAUCUGGGGAUGAAGAGCUUGCAGAAGCUGAAGAAGAGCCUGAAGGAGAAGAUUUGGAUGUAAGCAGUGAAUACGAUGAGGAGGAGGAGGAAGAAGACGAUGACAGACCUCGGAAGAGGAAGAAAAAAGAGAAAUACCGUGAUUUCAUUAUAGAAGAGGCUGAAGUAGACGACGAAGUCGAGGAUGAAGACGAAUGGGAGGAAGGUGCCCAAGAAAUUGGUAUCGUCGGAAACGAGGUGGAUGAAUUGGGUCCUACUGCCAGAGAAAUCGAAGGCAGACGUAGAGGCACCAACCUUUGGGAUUCUCAAAAGGAAGAUGAGAUAGAAGAAUACUUGAGAAAGAAGUAUGCCGACGAGUCGGUGGCUAGUCGGCACUUUGGAGAUGGCGGCGAAGAGAUGAGCGAUGAAAUUACUCAGCAAACAUUGCUACCAGGUGUAAAAGACCCAAACCUGUGGAUGGUGAAAUGCCGCAUCGGAGAGGAGAAAGCUACAGUACUUUUGCUAAUGAGAAAAUUCAUAACGUAUCAAUUUUCAAAUGAACCACUUCAAAUAAAAUCCGUCGUUGCACCAGAGGGAGUAAAGGGUUACAUUUACAUAGAAGCUUACAAGCAGCCGCACGUAAAAGCUUCUAUUGAAAACGUGGGAAAUUUGAGAAUGGGAAUAUGGAAGCAACAAAUGGUACCAAUAAAAGAAAUGACCGAUGUCUUGCGCGUCGUUAAAGAGCAGACAGGCUUGAAAGCAAAACAAUGGGUUAGACUGAAGAGAGGAAUUUAUAAAGACGACAUAGCUCAGGUUGACUACGUUGAUUUAGCACAAAACCAGGUUCACUUGAAACUGUUGCCCAGAAUCGACUACACUAGACCGCGUGGAGCUUUGAGGACGGCUCAGAGUGAAUCCGAAGCCUUGAAACGUAAAAAGAAACGAAGACCACCGGCGAAACCGUUCGAUCCGGAAGCGAUUCGAGCAAUUGGAGGAGAAGUAACCAGCGACGGUGAUUUCUUGAUUUUCGAAGGGAACAGAUACAGUAGAAAAGGAUUUUUGUACAAAAAUUUUACGACAAGCGCGAUUAUCGCUGAGGGUGUGAAACCAACUCUGUCUGAACUGGAGAGGUUUGAAGAGGCACCGGAAGGUGUCGAGUUAGACAUAACCGGAGGCCCAGGAACUGGAGGUGCUGGGAAUAAAGAGGAUACAGCGGUCACUCAUUCCUUUAGCACAGGGGACAACGUCGAGGUGUGCGAGGGUGAAUUGAUAAACUUGCAAGGAAAGAUCGUGUCUAUAGAUGGGAACAUGAUAAUGGUGAUGCCGAAACACGAGGAGCUGAAAGAAGCAUUGGAGUUCCAAGCUUCAGAGUUGAGGAAAUAUUUCACCAUGGGUGAUCACGUUAAGGUGGUAGCAGGAAGAUACGAAGGCGACACUGGUUUAAUAGUCCGAGUGGAACAAAACCGCGUGGUCUUAUUUUCUGACUUAUCCAUGCACGAGCUCGAGGUUCUUCCAAGGGAUUUACAACUCUGCUCGGACAUGGCAACCGGUGUGGACAGCUUAGGUCAAUUCCAAUGGGGCGAUUUGGUUCAAUUAGACGCGCAAACAGUAGGGGUAAUCGUUCGUUUGGAGCGCGAGAACUUCCACGUGCUCUCAAUGCACGGGAAGGUGAUCGAGGCUAGGCCCCAGGGGCUCACGAAACGUCGCGAAAACAGAAACGCGGUGGCGCUAGAUUCUCAGCAAAACACUAUACAAAAGAAAGAUAUUGUCAAGGUUGUCGAUGGGCCGCACGCCGGGAGAGGAGGUGAGAUCAAACACCUGUACAGAAGCUUUGCUUUCUUGCACUCGAGGAUGUUCGUCGACAACGGUGGAAUAUUCGUUUGUAAGACGAGGCACUUGCAACUGUCCGGUGGGAAUAAGUCCAAUAUAUCGUCCAUGUCACCGGUGGCAGGAUUUAUGUCGCCUAGAAUCACAUCUCCAAUGCAUCCUAGCGGAGGUGGUUUUGGAAGAGGAGGAGGCGGCGGAGGUGGAGGAAGAGGCAGAGGCCGCGGGGGUGGAGCCAGACGCGACAGAGAACUCAUAGGAACCACCAUCAAAAUAACAGGAGGACCGUACAAAGGAAACGUCGGCAUAGUAAAAGAUGCUACAGAAACAACUGCCCGAGUGGAGUUGCAUUCCACUUGUCAAACCAUCUCCGUGGACAGGUCUCACAUUGCGAACGUCGGCGUGCCAACGAAGGACGGUGGUUUCAGCAGUUACAACAGGACACCUGCGUACGGCGUGGGUGGUCAGACACCGAUGUACGCCAGAGAUGGGUCCAAGACACCCAUGCAUGGUUCUCAGACGCCUAUGUACGAAAAUGGUUCCCGUACUCCUCAUUAUGGUUCAAUGACUCCAUCGCACGAUGGCUCUCGUACACCAGGACAGUCAGGUGCCUGGGAUCCAGCAGUGACCAAUACCCCUGCAAGAACGAACGACUUCGACGGUUACAGUAUGGAAGAAGGUGGAUCUCCUGGUUACGCGCCAGGUUAUCCACCAACCGGUGGGCCAUUCACGCCCCAGACACCUGGUACCAUGUACGGUUCGGAGCAAAGUUUCAGCUCGUAUCAGCCGAGUCCUAGUCCAGCGGGAAGCGCUACCGCGAGUCCUAGUCCGGCAGGAUACGUUGCUACUCCUUCGCCAAGUGGUACCGGAUACACUACCAGUCCCCAUGGAGCCUUUGCUACGCCCUCACCGAUGGGUUACAGUCCUAUGACUCCCGGAGUUGCAGGCAGUCCAUAUAAUCCACAAACACCAGGUGCAGGUCUCGACACUGGCGUGGGAGCUGGGAUCGUGGGAGGAACCGAGUGGCACACCACGGACAUCGAGGUUCGGAUUCGGGACUCGCAUCAGGAUCCUGCUCUUGCUGGUCAACAGGGUGUUAUUCGAGGAAUAUCCGGAGGCAUGUGCGCCGUGUUCCUCCCGGUGGAAGACAGGGUCGUGAACCUGGUCUGCGAGGAACUGGAACCGGUGGUUCCAUCUCGCGGGGACCGAGUGAAAGUAAUCAUCGGCGAGGACAGAGAAGCGGUCGGCACGUUGCUGUCUAUAGAUAAUCAAGAAGGCGUCGUGAAGCUGAACAAGGACGAAGUGAAAAUGUUGCACCUGCGAUUCUUGUGUAAAAUGAAACCAUCGAACCCGUAAUUCUCCAUUCCAAAGCAGCCUUUGGUACUUGAAAAUGAAUUCACGAAGACGAUGUUAGAGGUCGAAAGAUUUCUACUCUCUUUGUCAUGUUCGAAAGUAGCACACCAGUUAUGUAAAAUAAGUACACCUUAUUGUAAAGAUUCUGUAAUCCUUUUCAUCGUGACACGGACGAUUUAGAUCUUCCAAAAAAUGCUUUUACAAAACUAGAAGCGUUUUGUACGAAAUGUUUCGUCGGAUGUAAAGUCGGAGUUUAAUGUAAACACUGUAAGAGUUUAAAAGAAAUGAUAAUUCAUAUUAA